CUACGCGGCAGCUUAAUCCUCUCUCAGAGUCUCUCUCUCUCUCUCUCUCUCUCUCUCAAUUAUUAGAGAGUAUCUAAUCUUCAUCUCUUCCAAUCAAUCUCUAUUUCUCUUACUGUUCAGUUGUUCUGCUCUCUCUACCUUGAUCAUCGGUGUCAUGGCGGAAUGGUUUGUUGGUCCAAUCAUGGAGAAGAUCAUCAACACUUGCUCUGAUUACCUGGAAGAGCAAGUCGGAUGGCAGACGGGCUUGAAGAAGGAGCUUCAAAGGCUGCGAGAGAACCACCCCAAAAUCCAAGCUGUCGUCUUUGCCGCUAACCAAGCACAAAUUAGCGAUCAGAACCCAGCUCUCAACAAAUGGAUAUGGCAGCUAAGAGAUGCUGUUGAUGAGGCAGAUGAUGUGCUCGAUGAGUUUGAGUACAUGAAGCUUAAACAACAGCUGACCAAAAACACAGAAGAAACAAAGAAAAGAAGGGCGUUUUCCAACGCGAGCUUCCUGAUUGAAAGUGCUUCGAAAAUUCGCAAAGUUGGCAAACGUGCUUUCAAGAAUGAUCCCAACUUGAAGAGGCUGGAGGAGGUUGUGCAGAAACUAGAUAACAUUUCAGCUGGGGUUAGUAAUUUUCUUCAUCUUCUAAAUAUCGCAAAGCAGGAGCAGCAGGAGCAGCAGCGUGAGUUGUUCGAAGCACGUGAAACAGGACCCUUGCCUACAAAUGAUCUCAUCGGUAGAGGCGAGGCUAAGGAGUUUGUUAUGCAGUGGUUGAGGAAGCCAUCAAAUGAGCAUCGAGGAACUGAUUUGUACAGAAACAUUUCUCUUCUGUCUAUAGUGGGCCAUGGUGGUAUGGGGAAAACAACUCUCUUGCAACAUGUCUAUGAAGAUGAAAUGACAAAGGAAUUUGAUCUUAAAAUGUGGGUUUGUGUUUCCAACAACUUUGAUGUGAAAAAAGUCAUUGCAGAUAUGUUGGAAUGUCUUCAAAAGGAGAGGUUGGAGGCACUUGGGGCACUUCAAAAGAGUCUCCAGAAAGAGGUGAAAUCCAAAAGGUUCUUACUGGUCCUUGAUGACGUUUGGGAAGAGGAGGAGGAACGGGAUAAAACUAAAUGGGGGAAUGUGCUCGCCCCUGUAGCUUCUGGAAGUUUUGGUAGUAAGAUUCUGGUAACAACUCGAACGGAGUCAGUCGCACUGAUGUUUCAAAAAGUGAUUAAAGACAAACAAAAACCAAUGAAAUUAGAAGGCUUAGAGGAGGAAGAAUGUUUGGAGCUCCUCAACAUCCAUGCGUUUGCUGUAGACGAUCUUGAUGAUCAGAGAAAAUUAAAAUUAAAAUCAAUCACUACAGAGAUAGUUAAAAAGCUUUCAGGGUCUCCUUUAGCAGCAAAGGUCAUAUGCGGUGAUCUGAAUUCUAAUUUGGAUGAAGGACAUUGGAGACGAGUUUUAGAUUCUGUUCUUGAAAUAAUAAAAUUGGGUGAAAAUGUUAUCAUGCCCGCCUUAAGAUUGAGCUAUGUACACCUCCCACAACCUCUAAAAAGUUGCUUCACAUUUUGCUCCAUAUUCCCACAAGAUUAUAAAUUUGAUAAAAAUGAUUUAGUCCGACAGUGGAUUGCAUUGGGUUUCAUUCAACUGUCUCAUAUUCAAGGAGAGAUUCUGGAGGAUAUCGGAGGAAGGUAUUUUGAUGUUUUGGUUAAAAAAAAUUUCUUUGACAAUUUUGACAACAAUUUUGGAUAUUAUUAUUAUAAGAUGCAUGAUCUAAUACAUGAAUUAGCACAAUCUGUUUCCAAAGAUGAAUGCUUAAGAGUUGAGGAUAGUAAAAAAUUGCCUUCUCCAAUUCCUAAGACUCUUCGACACUUGUCUAUUCAAGCUGAAAAUCCAUACAUCUUAAAAGAGAUUGGGAAGUUUAAAUAUUUGCGUUCUCUUUCCUUGUUAUAUCUACCUUCUUAUCAGAAUAUUUGUGCACUUAGUAAAAUAUUCAAAGCAUCUAGAAGCCUACGCUUAUUAUGCAUAUGGGCUCCAAACUUGGAAAUAAUACCUGAGGAGAUUGAAAAUUUGAUACAUCUUCGAUACUUAGAGAUUGAUUGUCAUAAUUUGACUAUGCUACCAAGAUCUCUAAGUAAUCUCUAUCACUUGAAAUACAUAAUCUAUGAUGAGAGUAAAAGGAUCAUAUAUGAUGGAUCAAUAAUUUUCGGUCAAUCUAAAGGUGAUGAUUUUUUACCAAGUAACAUUCAUAACCUUUCAAACUUGUGUUACAUGAAUUUGUACCAGAAUUUUUCCCAGAAUUUUUUUUCAUCGAUAUGUGGGAUUGGGAAGCUAAUGUCUCUUCAAGAAUUGGAAAUGUUUGAUCUUAGAGAUGUGAGUGGUUAUAGAAUUGGGGAGCUCGAGAAUAUGAAUGAUCUUUGUAAAUUAGGAAUCAAUUGCCUUGAAAAUGUUAAGAAUGAAGAGGAGGCUUGUAGUGCCAAAUUAUAUGCCAAGAGGAGGCUCACAAAUUUAACCUUAUGUUGGAGUAACACUGAUUCGAGGAACAUCAAUUUAGAUGAGAAGGUGCUCGACAACCUUCAUCCACCAACAUGUCUAAGGAAUCUGAGCAUAAAGGGUUAUUGGGGUGCAAGGUCUCCAACAUGGAUGAACAAUGUCAAUCCGAUCUUCAGGAUAGAGAAAAUCGAAUUGACAGAUUGCUUGGAGUGUGAAACUCUUCCACCUUUUGGACGACUUCUCUUCCUCAAGUCACUGCAACUUGAUAACAUGCCGAAAGUACAGUGCCUCGAAAGUAAAUUUAAUGGGAAUAUUGAUACAUACCGUGCCUUUCCAUUGCUAGAGGUUUUACAUAUUCGCAGAUUAGAAGCAUUAGAGGAUUGGUUUGAGGCAGGAGUAGCUGCUGAAGAUGGAUCUUUGUUUCCUUGCUUGAUUAAACUGGAGCUCCAAAACUGCCCGAAGUUGAAAGAGUUGCCCUCUUUGCCUUCUAAGCUCAAGAGCUUCAAGAUGCGAUCUGCGGCGUGGACGACUUUGAAUUUUUGUAGCAAUUCGAAUCCUAUCCCCCUUGAAUCAUUAUGGGUCUUUCAAUGUCCAAACAUUACAUCUCUUCCUCUGGCUGAUGAAAUAGCAAGACUUGCAGCACUAAGAUCCUUGUCAAUUACAAAGUGCCCCAAUCUGAUCUCUCUGGGAAGAUAUCGAGAAGUGGAGACCACUAAUAAUUGCCAUCUCAUGCUCAGCUAUCUCUGGAUAAGUGAUCCAUCGGUGUUGCUAAUGGAGCCAUUGAGAAGUAUCACCUCCUUAAAAGAGCUGAGUAUUUCGUCAAAUGAUGAGGUGGUUUCAUUUCCAAAUGAGGCGGAGCAGUGGUUUCUCAAUAACAGGUCUUCUCUUUCUGAGCUGCGAUUUUCAGGUCUCAAAUCCUUAGAGUCUCUCCCUUCAACUUUGGAAAGCUUAUCUUCACUGCAGAAACUAUCUAUUUCUAAUGUUCCUAUGCUUCAGGAAUUACCGAACCUUCCUUCCUCUUUAGAAUAUCUAAAUAUUUCUAAUGUUCUUAUGCUUCGGGAAUUACCGAACCUUCCUCCCUCUUUGAAAUAUCUAACAAUUUAUGGGAAAUGUCAUCCAGAGUUAAAGGAGCGCUAUCGAGAGGAUGGAGGCUCCGAUCGGCACAACAUUGCUCACAUUCCUUAUAUCCAUAUUUCUACCUAAGCAAACUUCUUUUUACGUACGUACUUAUCUUAUUUGUUUGAUAUCCGUAUUUUUUAAUGCAAUCUCAGCAUUAAUCAGUUUGUAAUAUUUGAUGUACUCAAUUUUAUUUAUGUAUCACUCGAUUUACUCAACUUUAUAUAUAAAUAUAU